GAUUCUGAUGACUAAUCGGUAGCCGCACCUUUCCUUGUUAAUUAUUUCCUGCAGAAAUAUUUCGUGUUUAUUUAACGUGCUUUCCCGGGUUUUCGCAGCGAGUGAAAAGUUUAUUUUGAUGAAACUGCAUAAUUAUCGCUUUAGCCUUUUGAUGAUCGUAAAUCGGUGGGAAGAAUGAAUUUUAUAGAAUAAUCGACAAAGGAAAGCCACGGGAAGUUAUCAAGGAAAACAUGAAAAAAUAAUUACUAACACAAACGUGUGCGUAUAUUCGUCAAGAAAUAGUGAAAAUAAAUUUUUCCGACUGAUCUAUUUUCUUAUCGCACGCUGUAGCUCUUCGUACUGUGUUCUCAGUUCGAAGCAUUCGAGCAACCGCUUCGACAUUAGUGAAUUAGACUUCCACGAUUCGAGUGCGGUGAAUCGAUGGUAAAUCUAAGUUAGCGAUAGUGGCCAUAGCGCCAAUAUAGAAGCGAGCCAUAGUGCGAUUUAUUUUGAGCAGAUUCACUUGCAGCAGAUACUUAUUCUUUUCUUAUUCGCCGCGGCAGAAAGCCCAACGAAGCAACCAAACUUUGAGAAAAUUGCAGUUUUCCGGGUAGUGUCUUAUUUUAUGCGAUACACACUGAAAAUCACGGUGUUUAGUGAAAAGUGAUAUCUGCACUACGAGUAUAGUUCGUGAUGUAUCUUUAACGUCUGUAAAAUGUAUCCGUGCUAAAAUAUGUGAGGCGAUAGUGUAAUGAAAUCUUUCGAACCCAAAUACAUAUUCAAUAUGAAAGGGAGGUUGAAAUUUUCAAAAGUGCUUAUAAUAAAUCUGUGUUUUGUAAUCGAUUUAAUCGAUAGUGCUGUGGUUAAUACAAUUCUUCCGCCAUGCGAGAAGUUAACGCUUACGAAAACCGAGCGGACUUACGAGGAGUAUCAUAUGGAGCAUCAAGUUACGAAACAGGAAGCAAUUGCGUCUUUGCGGGCUAUCAACGAAACCUUCUUUAAUGCUGCCUUACCUCUUGGAUGUAAAGCGAUACCUUGCAACCAGAGCAUUAUGAAAUACUGUCUCGGUCCACAAUUCAUCAACGACCAUUGCUGGUGUGAGCAGGGACAUGAGGAAGGAUUGCCAUGGGUUCCACACACAUGCUACGUUGGGGAUAGGAUAACUGAGACCUCGGUAGGAUCAUGUUUCGUCUACAAUGAAAUAAAAGAAUGUUGCUGUGAUCGUGUUUUAGCUAAAAGAUGGAGGUUUUUGUCAUCGUCUAAUCAGCUAAUGGCGAAUUUCAGCACUAUCUGGCUACCGAUAAUUAGCACAACAUUCUUCGCAUCGGUGUUACUUGGCAUCUGAGAUUUUAAAUUUAUUUUAAUCUGCUCUGAUUGGUUUCAAUCGCAUUCUUAACCCAUCAAUGGAGAGCGAAAUUCGUACCUUCUUGAUUGAGGUGGAAAAAUUGGCUGUGCCACAGAUACAUAAAUAUUAUGUAUGUCAGGAUGGAGUCCAGAAGUGUUUACUUAACUAAAGAAAAGCAAAAGAACAAAGUUUUUUACUGAUAUGUAUAUGUAUAGUAUCUAAGUGUCUAUAGUUCGCAAAAUGGAAAAAAAGAAAUAUGAAUUAGGUUACACGUCCGUUUACCUUGUAAGACCGCUGUAUUAAUUUGCAGAUUACGAGAAUAUUGCGAAAUAUUUUUAGUCGCUUGUUAAAGUUCCAUUUGGAUGUUUAUAUUGUAAUACUGCGAGUGUUUGAACUAAGAUUAUUGAUGUAAAUAUUUAUUCCUGGAAUGGUUUUUCACUGGAAUGCGAGAAAUAUAUUUAUCUGGAAAUUGCAGAAAGAA